AUGGGGGAAAUCUUUAUGGACAAUGCGCUUACGCUGCUGUCCUCGGAUAAACAGAAGGAACGUGUUGAUGGUCUUGCAGACCUCAAACACAUUCUUCAGCAAAACAAAGAAACCUCUGAGCUACGCUGUUUCAGCGACAAGGCUUGUCAUAAGGUCUUUGAAGCCCUCUUUCAAUUUGUUGCCAAAGAAAGGCUAAGCUACGUUCGUGCCAAGCGUUCAAGCAGCAACUCGAAAGCUUCGGCUACACGACUGUCGUCAUGUGCCUCGGUCCUUCGUACUGCAGUGGACGUGUUCCUACGCAAUGUCAAAGCAAAGACUGUGCGUGCUGUUCUCGAUCACAUAAUUGAAUCGAUAGCAGACACGGGUGAAGAGCUUUGGGAGCCGCUCAGUGUCGACUACAUGAAAAGUCUCACGUGUCUUCUUCAAUAUCCCCCUCACACUGAACAUCUGGGCAACGCCGACUGGAAGAAGCUUCUCGCUUUUUGCAUUGAUUUACUGGAUGCGUCAGAAAGCAAUGAAAGCCAAAUUAGCAUUCGAAGUGGACAAAGGUCUACUCUAGACGAUCAUUGGGAUACAAAUGACAGUCGCUCAACACCGCAAAGAUCAACUCCGGUCCCAGGAAACAGGGACACGUUCACUGGCAAUAAGAAUGCAGUUGAGGAAAUUCUAUUGUCUAUCAGGGCUCUUACAGUUUGUCCGGGGGCCCCUCUUCAGUCGGCCGCCGAGAGCCUUUUGCAAUCAUUGGCGAACUUUGUGAGAUCAUCAUCACGGAUGUCUGCGAUUGCACACCAACAGGCAUUCAGCUGCGUUAACACGGUACUGUUGAGAAUCAUGUUUGAUCAGUCAGAACUCGUGAGAUCCACGUUAUCCCAGUUGGUCCCAGUCAUCCGAAGAUUGUGGAACACAAAGCUUCAGAUCUUAAAGGAGGAACUUCUUGUUACCGUGAUGUUGCACUUGGCCACUUUGGAGAAUACGACAGACGACACUUCCUCGACGACGGACAAUCGCUCGAUCUAUGGUCUGAUAGAUUGCAUUCGGGCAGAGUAUACUCGAAAGACCGACAAGGAGAUGCUUCAAGUUGAUGACCUUACGUUUAAACAGAAUCGAGAUAGGUCGAUCAGGCUUAUACAUGGACCGAGACUGGGGAACAAUCGCUCAGUAUUUAGUUGGACAGUCAUCUGGACACUCGCGGAGUUACUGAAAAAGGCAGAGACUGUUGCUGUGAGUGAGAUCAAUGAGCCUACAGCGUCAGGAGCUUCAACCAAGAGAGCUCGUCUCUCGUCGGAGAUUGAAGAUGUACUUCGAGAUGCAAUAUCUGGGGUUGGCGCACAGAGGAUCUGCAGUCUUCAGCUAGUGCCUUUUCUGGAAGACAAGAUGAGCAUUGAUGCGAAGGAAAACUUUGUGCAAAGAGUCAUACCGAGUAUACUCGAUGACAGUAGCUCAAUUUCUUGCUGGGUAAUGAUAGCCUUGACCAGCAUUGCCAAUGGAUCUAGCUGCCGACACCAGCGCCUAAAGCCUUACUGGCCACAGGCUGUAGAUCUUGCGAUUCGUGCUUUUUCUUCCUCUGCAACAUCCAGACCAGCCUGCAAUUUUCUCAAUACAGUUCUCCAUGAAAAUCUGCUUGACCAUUCAUCGGCUUCGGAAAUGAUGCUCUCUAUGCUCUCGUCAGCAAAUCUGAAUGGACCAUCUUCAAUUUCCGAUUCAGCUCUUCAAAUGUGGGCUACAAUUGCCAGAGAAAAACUGGAUACAAAUCCCGGAGCGGCACAAAAUGUGUCCCAACAGAUUUGUUCUUGGCUGAGAGAAGUGUGGACCAUUGGUCACAUGUCAGAUCGUUCUCAGACUGCGCAGACCGCUAUCUUCGCGCGCCCGCUAUAUCUGCUCAAUCUUUUCAUGGCAUGUAGCAACCGUGUCUUUCAAGAGUCAAAUCCGCCACACUGCGGGCCUUCUGGACCUAUAACGCAAACCUGGUAUCACUUCUAUGAGAAUAGAAAUAUACUGAGGUACAUGUUUGAGAAUGCUUGUGAAAUCCCCGAGCUCGAUAUCGAGAUCCAUGAACAGUCAUUAUCCCUUAAGCCGUCUGGCCAUCAGGAUGCGGAUGACCUGGUCAUUAUCGAAUUUUUGCGGACGAAAUCAGAUGCCUUCUCCCAAUUUUGGAAGACGAUAAGCGAAGACAGAGCGCUCCAUAUCUCUGGCGACGUCUUGCAAAUCAUGGUAUCUUUCUGUGUCACUUGCUUCCUUUUCGUCGCAUGUGUGCCCAAGCGCUCAACCCCUGAAGUGCAGAGCCUGCUAAGGAAUUGCAAUGAUUUGUGGAAUGCUCUUAGUAAGUUCAUCUGCGCGAACAUCUCAAGUGCCAUUCAACCAUGCCUGGAAAUUCUGUCGCCUUUGCUUUGUUCAGAGUCUGAACUGGAAUCUUCGGGCAUUGGAGUACAUCUUCUUCCGUUACUACGACCAUUGGUAGAGGAGCUAGGUAGAUCUCGCCUUGUUUCUCAUGCGCAACUGCCUUUUUGGAAAGCCAGCGUGGAUCCUUUUGAUUCCCUGGUUCAUGACAGUACGAAUGAUGCGUCAGGCCCGUGGAUUCUUGCGUCUAAUCGGACCGCAACCUUCCUAUGCUCUGAUGCAGUUACAUUUCAACGUCGCGAGACGAUUCGGCUCUCUCUCAUAGUUCACAUACAGGAUGCCGAGCCAGCCAAUACGGACCGUGAACCAACACUUUUGGAGUACCUGAAGGGACUCAAUGAUUAUGAUCUUCUCGCUGCUCAAGCAAUCUUACCUGCAGUUUAUCGAGGCUGUUCCAGGUUGUCACAAAAUCAUCUGACACAAGUACUUGAAGACGUUGGAGAGAAAUGCUUACAGUCGUAUGAAAUGGAGCGUUGUGAAGCUUCGCAUAUGAUUUGUAUCCAUAUGAUGACUGCGCUGUCAGAAUCUUGGCUACAGUCACUGGAUGAUGAUCUGAGUGAUUCAGCAGUGGAUUUGUACAGCUGGUUCACAGGAACUCUCAUCGACAAAAGACGAGCCACAGUUCGUGUCUACAUUGCAUUCUCGCAGCUUGUUGAAAAUAUCCUGCAGCUAUCUCCAUCCUUUGGUCAAGAGCAAGGACUGCCUUCACCGAGAACACUGAUCCUUACAAUAUUACAACAAGGUGACGUUCAGGUCAAGUUUGAGAUCGCAAAAUUCUUGCCGAAUCUCUUUGACCGAUUCCUUCUGGAAGACCAUGAUGCCAUUUUUGAAGAUGUAUUGGAGAGUUUGCCGAGAGACCCAGAUUGGAUUGAAGGAAUUGCUAUUCGUCUUCUUGUUCUAUCAAGCUUGGCAUCCAGGUGGCCUUCACUGCUGCGCAGAAGUAUCUAUCACAUGUUCGAGACUCCAGCUCAGGUUCCUGGUUCCCUCAAGUAUGCUCAAACGUGCGUAUUGUUGACGUCGACCGCCCUUGGGCUGCAGAACGCGCAGGAGCUCUUUCGUCUAUUUGCAUCUCAGGUGUUCUACACUUGGAGCGAAACUCACAGUGUCAUGUCGAUGCCGUACAUGAUCUUCAGAUAUGAUAAUCUUGCCGAAAUGCUGACGGACGUCAGAGAUGAGCUUGUUGGCCAGAUGGUAAUGCGAGGCAUGGAGGCAGAUAUUCAAGAGCUUGCGACCAUUCUUGGAGUCUCUUACAUUGAGAUCAUUGAAGCUUCAUUUGCCAAAGCAGAGGCUUACAGCAUUGCGCGAGACAUCAGCACACCACCUGGUCAAGGAAGUCAGCCAGGGGGAGCUGAGAUUCGCUUGAGAAAAUUGCUCGGCCCAGAACGCUUCGUGACGCAAAUUGAAGCUAAUUUCCCUCAAAUAAUUGCUUGUUUCUUCCGCAUGCUGGACCGACAUGAACAAGUUGAGCGCGCAUAUUCCAAACGACCUCAGUUUCAUUACGCUCUUGACAUCCAGUCCAAAAUAUCUGCAAGGGCUGCUUCACAGCGCCUGCUACCGGUCAAUCAGCAGCCAGCUUUCCGAGCUCGCUAUUUACUGGACGAACUCGAGUUCUUGUGCAGCUGUGCAGGCUAUGAGAUAGAAGACAUAUGGUCACCAGCUCUUGCAAUAUUCGUGUGCCGCUCCCUACUGGAUUCGGUACACCCAGCAUUGGGAUCCUUGCACGCAUGCUCGGUGAUUCGAAAGAUCAAGAUUUUGGUCUGCCUUGCGGGGACUAUCGUCCUAGACAACUAUCCACUUGAGAUGCUUCUCAAUUCAAUGUGUCCUUUCCUUUCUGAUCUUGACUGUGCCGAGGACACCAUAGGAGUUGUGUGGUAUUUGCUCGAGGCAGGGACACCUUACUUGUCGACGAGACCUGAUUUUACAGCCAGUAUCUGUCUCUCUAUACUGGUGUCACUUCGCCAACUUUCACUUUCAUCUCUCGCAGGUACAACGCAAGAGACCCAACCUCAAGCGAUCAUAUCGAUCGUACAGCGUUUCCGCGAAUGGAUUUGCAAUCUUAUCGAGAGUUUUCAGAACUCAGACUGGGACGAUGAGAUUAAAUCCUCUUUCACAAAGCUACUUUCGUUGGCGAAAAGUUUGCCUACGACACCAGAAACGUCUUCUCAGGCCGAGAGAGACUUGAUACUCGCCAUUCUCCAAGAGCGCAAUAAUCCCCAAUCUCUCUUGAGUAAAUCUACUGCAGAUAUGGUGCUUUCCAUGGUGUGUCCCCAUCUCAGGGAUGAUGAGACAGAUUUCGAUUACAGCUCAGGAUCUGUGAUGGAUUCUGCAUCAUUCACUUUCUCCCUCUGGGAUACACUGUCCAAGUUCAAUGGAGGCCCAGAGUACAAUCUUUGGGCUGCCAAAAUGAUUGGACGCUCAUUCGCCACUACAGGCCAGAUCGAUGAAAGGCUGACGCGUGAGCAAGAAUGUAUCUCCAAAGAAAUACCCCAGUUAGACGAACCGACCAUCCCGUCCCCACGCUCUAAAGACACGAUUCUCCGCCUCCUUUGCGACAAGCUUCAAGAUCAAAAUUUUACUGAAACUGGCCUAAUCGAGAGAACCUUGCAGUUGAUUCUCAGCCAGAUGCCAUCAGACGAAAACUUGGAUAUAUAUGUCGGUGUUGUUCCAGCGCCACUCAUACCAAGCCUGCUUUGGAAUCCAUACUCUUGUCCCUGGGUGCCUCCUCCACUCACAGACGUGAGUCUUGGUGACUUGGCUGGUCAGCCUACUGAUGACGUGAACAGUUUGAGUGACUGGGCUUGUAAAAUAGCUCUCGCUUUGAGCAGUGCUGUCUCACAUGACUAUGUCAUUGGGCCACUCCGCGCGGUUUUGAAAAGAAUGCCCAAUUUCGCUGUGCAGCUUCUGCCAUACAUCAUUCAUGAAGUGCUUCUUUCAGAAGACUCUGGGGCAAGUCAUGUCCGACGAGACCUUUCAAAUAUAUUUCAAGCAAUCCUCGAUAAUGUCACUGACGGAAGAAUACCGCACGCUCGUCUCGUCAUUCGCUGCAUUUUGCAUCUACAAAACUCACCAAUUCCAGAUGAAUCGACUAUCGUUGACCGAGAUAAAUGGCUCGAUAUAAAGUACGACUCGUUGUCUUUCGCAGCCCAUAAGUGUGGACUACAGAAAACGUCGCUUCUUUUCCUCGAAAUAGAGGCUUCGAAGGUGAUCUCAAGCUCUCGUCGCUCAUCCACGGCAAAAUACGAGCCCCCAGUGGAGUUUUUGAACGAAAUCUUCAGAAACAUUGAUGACCCAGAUUUUUUCUAUGGUAUCCAACAAAGUUCAUCCUUGGCAACGGUUAUGGAGCGUCUUGAAUACGAGGGGACUAGUCUGAAGACAUUGCUUUUCCAAAGUGCCAACUAUGACACCAACAUUCAAUUAUCCGAUAGGGUCGACCCUUCUGGGGUCUUAAAAGCUCUCAACGCGACAAAUCUGCAGGGAGUCGCUAACACAUUGCUGGCUGCUUCUGGUGGUCACGGCGAGGGCUCUUCUUCUGCUGCCAUGCUUCACGCUGCAACCAGUCUCCAGCAGUGGGACGUUCCAAUUUUACCAGCUGAUUUCUCGCCUUCAGCAAUGGUGUUCAAAGCUUUUCAAGGUUUGAACAAGUCGAUUUCCAUGUCCGAAGUUGAGGCAUCCUUGAAUGAAUGUCUUUCGAAAUCCCUAAGCCACCUGGUUCAGCCCAGCCGUUCCACGAUCGAAUUAAGAAACACAAUGCGAGCACUUGGCAUCUUGUCGGAGAUGAAAGAUGUUCUUCAGGCUUCUUCGUCCGAGGAUAUGAAAAAUGAAUGGCAAAAGAUCAUGACGAGGAGUAAUUGGCUGAAAAGCGAAAGUUAUACGGAGGCAGGGGAAAUUCUCAGCUGGCAUGAAGCACUUUGUUCUUCGAUCCGCAAGAAUGCGUUAUUGACCUCGAAGUCGAAACUUCAACCGGCUGAAUCGCACUUGCUAGAGGCCAAGGUGUUUCGUCGGUCGCUGGAGAUCUCAAGAAGUCACGGGAUCUCCCAAGCAUCACUGAAGAGUGCAAUCACUCUGUCUAAGCUGGCAAAGCCAUGCGCUGACCUAGGAGUGAACAUUGAAGCGGCCGCGGAAUUUGAUCUCGCAAAUGUUCUCUGGGACCAGGGCGAAAUGACCGCCUCAAUACGAAUGUUGCAACAGCUGAAGGGAAAGAACGAUCUGCAUAAACAGGCAAUUCCGCUAAGUCGUGCUGAAUUGCUUGUGACUUUGGGGCAUCGCGUUGCCGAAGCUCGGCUUGAAAAACCGGAAUCGAUUCUUCAAGAAUACCUCUAUCCCGCUGUCAAGGAGCUGAAAGGCGUCUCUGCAGGAGAAGCUGCAGGGCGAGUUUAUCAUGGUUUCGCUAGUUUCUGUGAUCAGCAGCUUCUGAAUCCUGAUGGCAUUGAAGACUACAAACGGGUCAAGCAAUUGCGUGAUCGAAAAGAGAGCGAAUUGAUAGGCCUAGAGGAAAUGAUGCGGAAGGCAGAAGGCCGCACGAGAGAGUCUCUUAAGGUUUUCCGGGCCAAGGCAAAGCAGUGGUUCGACCUCGAUGACCGCGAAUACCAACGCCUUUCGCGAAGCAGGGAAGCUUUCCUACAACAGUCUCUCGAGAACUACCUUCUAGCUCUUCGAGAAAGUGAGAAGUACAACAGCGACGCGCUUCGAUUCUGUGCUCUUUGGCUUGAUAACUCGGAAAGCCAGACAGCGAACAGGGCGGUGUCUCGCUACCUCAAAGAGGUACCCAGCCGCAAGUUCGCCCCCCUUAUGAAUCAGCUUUCAUCGCGACUCUUGGAUGUAUCAGAUGAGUUCCAGGCUCUUCUCAGUGAACUCGUGUUCCGAAUUUGUACUGAGCAUCCAUAUCAUGGAAUGUAUCAAAUCUUCGCAAGCAGCAAGUCAAAAGGUGGAAAAGACCCGUCCUCGCAAUCGAGAUUUCAAGCUGCGAAUAAGCUUGUGGAGCGCCUGAAGAAUGACAAGGAAAUUGGACCGAUCUGGGUGUCGAUCCAUAACAUGAACAUAUCUUAUGUUCGGUUCGCCAUCGACAAGCCCGAUGCUAAAUUCAAAACUGGCGCCAAAAUCCCACUCAAGAAACUGGCUACAGGAGAACGCCUUGGGAAAGACGCAGAGUCAUACAAGCUACCUCCUCCUACGAUGAAGAUCGAGCUCCGAGCAGACUUAGACUACCGCAGCGUCCCCUCAAUUCAAAGAUUCGGAUCCGACUUUACCCUCGCGGCUGGCGUCAGCGCCCCCAAAAUCGUGACUGCUGUUGGCACAGAUGGUAUUCGCUACAAACAAUUGUUCAAAGGAGGCAAUGACGAUCUACGUCAAGAUGCUAUCAUGGAACAAGUAUUUGAGCAAGUGAGCAGUCUCUUGAAGGAUCAUCAGCCUACGCGUCAACGCAAACUAGGCAUCCGUACUUACAAAGUCCUUCCCUUGACACUGCAUGCUGGCAUCAUUGAAUUUGUGCCCAACACCAUUCCCCUGCACGACUAUCUGAUGCCAGCCCAUCAGAAGUAUUUCCCUAAAGAUAUGAAGCCAAGCGCAUGUCGAAAGAAUAUUGCAGAUGUGCAGACGAGAUCGUUUGAACAAAGAGUCAGGACCUAUCGUCAGGUCACGGAACACUUUCAUCCCGUGAUGAAAUACUUCUUCAUGGAAAAAUUCAGCAACCCUGAUGAUUGGUUUGCCAAGCGUCUAGCAUACACUCGGAGUACCGCCGCUAUCUCUAUUCUCGGUCACGUCCUCGGACUCGGAGACCGACAUGGCCACAAUAUCCUUCUCGAUGAGAAGACAGGGGAAGUGGUGCAUAUCGAUCUGGGCGUAGCGUUUGAGCAGGGACGUGUUCUUCCUGUGCCGGAAGUCGUUCCCUUCAGGCUUACGCGGGACCUCGUUGAUGGAUUUGGCAUCACCAAGACCGAAGGUGUAUUCAGGCGCUGCUGCGAGUUCACGCUUGAAGCGCUCCGCCAAGAGUCGUACAGCAUCAUGACCAUACUCGACGUUCUUCGGUAUGAUCCAUUAUACAGCUGGACGCUGUCACCAUUCCGGAUGAAGAAAAUGCAGGAUAACCAAGAGGCUGGUGAUGGCCCCCCCAUGUUGCCCGGCGCUGAAGACAAGGCUCCCACCAACGAGCCCAGUGAGGCCGAUCGGGCCUUGACGGUGGUCGCGAAGAAGCUGAGCAAGACUCUCAGUGUUACUGCCACCGUAAACGAACUGAUUCAGCAGGCAACGGAUGAGAGGAAUUUGGCUGUGCUCUAUUGUGGAUGGGCUGCCUAUGCCUAA